AUGACCACCCUACCAGCAACCUACACAACCCUCCUCUCCACCUUCGCCGACUUCCUCACCAUAAGCAUCCACACGAUCCUCUACGUCCGCUCCCUCUACCCGCGCACCACCUUCCUCACCGCGCGCGCCUACAACCACGCCGUGCACCAAUCCCGCCAUCCCGCCCUCUGCGCCUGGAUCAGCGACGCCGUGGCCGCCGUCUCAGCCGCCAUGCUCGCCGGCGGCGUCGAGCGCGUCGUGCUGGUCAUCUACGACGCGCGCCAGAGACCUGUGGAGCGCGUCGUGUGGGACGUCAGCCGGUUCCCUGCCAUCCCUGCCCACGAGCGGGACACGCCCAUUGUGCGGGCUGGGAGCGGUGGGGAAGGGCGUCUCAAUAUAGUGGACGUGGAAGAGCAGUUCCGGGCCGCGACGGCGCGGUUGCGUGUCGCGGGCGAGAAACUGAACCCGCUGCCCGAGGGCUGCAGCUUUACGCUUGCGGUUGAGCUGGGGGAUGGGGCGGAGGCGCCGCUCGGGCAUCCGCAGGCUUGGAUUCCGGUUGAGCCGGGGCUGCAAAGGGGGGGUGGGGGAAGGGGUGGGCAGGGUCAAGAGAAGGAUGAUGCUGUGGACACGAGGAAGAGAAGGGAGAGGGGAGAGGAUCUGGGGGGAUUAAAGACGAUGCCGGUCAGGGCUGUGGAUGCGGGGGAGAUGGUAUUCGAGAUGUGGAUCGAGGAGGGGAAGGCGAAGUUCGAGAGCUCCGAGAACAGCCCUUCUGCCGGCUCAGGAUGA